CGAGUCUCGGAGACUAUUGAUAAACAGCCUGGAAAUGCAUUUGACAAAUUCAUCCUUUAUAAGAACAAUAUAAUUAAAUUGAAAUAACUAAGAAAACACAUAUGUCACCUAACAAAUCUACGCGCAACAUUUCAAUUUAAUGAAAUGGUAAUACUUGGAGAACAAAUAAUAUACAAGAAAAUAUCAUAUAAAUACUUAUACGAUCAUAACAAAAUCUCACCAAAGAAACGAAGAAGAAGAAAAAAAUGGAGUUAUUCACCAAAGGAACGGCCGUUAGAUUACGGAGCUGUCACGAAAAAUACAUCUACGCCGUCGACGAUGAAAAAACCGUCCGUCAAAGCUCUGACGGAACGUCACGGCAAUCGUUAUGGACGGUGGAGAUGGUGCCACGUAAACCCAAAUUCAUCCGUCUCAAGAGUUGUUACGGCAAGUAUUUAACGGCGAGCGAGUCGUCGUUUCUUCUGGGAAUGACCGGAGCGAAAGUCAUCCAAACGCCGCCGUUUCGUCAAGCGGAGCACGAAAGCGACUGGGAGCCAAUCAGAGAAGAGUCAACGGUCAAACUCAUGUCGUGGAACGAGAAAUAUUUACGUGGAAACGGAGGAGCUCCGCCGUGGAAGAACUCUGUGACGUGUGAUCGUGAGCCACAUAUUUCAGCGACGAAGAAAUGGAUCUUGUGGUCUGUGGAGCUCGUUGAGAAUCCUGAUAAGGUUUUGUUUGCUGAUCGUUUUUCAUCACCGGCUUCGAGUUUUAACUCGUCGGUCUCCGAUGGGUCAAAUCACGGGUCACCGGUUCAGAAAUUACCUACUUUUGGAUCUUCUGAAUCUAUCGGGUCGGAUCCUGGGUCACUUGCUUCGGUUUCUUCUUCUAAACUUAUGUUUACUCCGUCAAGGUCGGGUACAUUGUCCCCAAAACCAACAGAGAGGAAAAGUUCGAAGAAGAUAAUUGUAGAAAAUGUAUCAGCGAUGGAAAUAUUCCGGGAUGCGAAAUCGGUGCGUUUACGAAGCACCGCACACGAUAAAUAUAUGACUGCUGAUGACGACGAAGAGAGUGUGGUGAUGGGCCGAACCGGGUCAUCUAAAGAAGCUCGAUGGAGAGUUGAAAUGGUACCCGGAUCCGAAAAGGCGAUCCGGUUAAAGAGCUGCCACGGUGGAUACUUGACGGCGUCGAAUGAGCGGUUUUUGUUGGGAGCGACGGGGCAUAAGGUGGUGCAGUCUAGGAAGAUUCGGGCCGGUGAGCCGGCAGGAGAGUGGGAGCCGGUGAAAGAAGGUUCAAAUGUUAAGCUGAGGAGUAGAAACGGCGGGAAUUAUUUGAGAGCCAAUGGGGGAGUGCCACCUUGGAGGAAUACGGUUACACAUGAUUCACCAAACCGGAGUGUUACGCAGAAUUGGGUGGUUUGGGACGUUGAUGUGGUCGAUAUUCAUGGGACAGGUUGAUUCAUGACUUUAAACUCGUCUUGAGACUUCAUCAUUUUGUUUGCAACAUGAUUAAUGUUCAUAUUUUGAUUAUUGGUUGGGUGUCACUGGAAUGCGUGUUGGAAUUUGUAAAAAAAGAUUCAGCAAACACAAAGUUGCGACGCUUGUAUCGAAGAAAUCUUUAAUAAAUUUUGGGAUAAUCUUAAAAGAGUAUGACUUUUAGUCC